UGGAGGUCCUUCGUAGUGAAAGAGGAGCUAAUAAACAACGGAGCACAACUCUCAGCUAAAAGAAAAAAACACUCAUUUUCUGUCUGUGUAUCUGUUUUAGAGGCUUUAAACCGCUGCUCGCACCCCGCCGGUUGAAGAGAUGGAUGGGUAUCCAGCAGUUCUGGGCGCUGAUUCUACAAAACAACAGGAAAGACAUUACUACCUUUUAUCUGAACUGCAAACCUUAGUCAAAGAUUUACCAAGCUCCUUCCAGCAGCGCCUCUCCUACAACACGCUGAGUGACCUGGCCCAAGCACUCAUAGAUGGGACGGUCUAUGAGAUUGUGCAGGGGCUCCUGGAUAUUCAGCAUCUGACAGAGAAAAAUCUGUACAACCAGAGGCAAAAGCUGCACGGCGAACACCAAGCACUCAAACAAGAGCUUUUACGGAAGAACAAAGACGCUCUGCAGUCAUGCAAGUCUCACAACCUUGCGCUUCUCAAAUCGAACCAACAAGCAGAAAUAGAGGCUCUGGAAAUCCGUGUGCGAGAGGAACAAAGAAUGAUGGAUAAGAAGAUUGUAGCGGAAAUGGAUCAAAAAGUGAUAGACCAGCAGAACACCCUGGAGAAGGCUGGAGUCCCUGGGUUUUAUAUCACCACUAAUCCUCAGGAGCUGACGAUGCAGAUGAACCUACUUGAACUGAUCCUCAAGCUUCAACAGAAGGAGUCUCAGUCUGGAUUCCUUUGAGAAAGAGGUCUAAAUGUGCCAAAAGAGUUAGGGGGAAAAACAUUGGCCACAGAGGACGUAUGCUCACAUUUGUGUCAGUCAACGUGUGGUAUUGGUCUCUUCAGGAAAUGUUCACUUGUUAUAAGUGUAUUAUUCACCAUCAAAACCUGCAGGAGAAGGCUUGUUCUCGAGUGUCUCGAGUGUCGAAUGUCGAGUGUCUCGAGUGUGUCGAGUGUCGAGUGGAGAGUCUGGGACAACAUAGAAUGUAAAGCACUUAAAUGCCAUGUCACACAUUGUGAAAUUAGGAAGUUGUUGAAGGACACAGUGUAUAUACACAUUUGAGCAGAGAAAGAAAUUAAACUGUAGAGGGUUGAUUUGUUGCUCAAGGACACAGUUUGCUGUAACUGGAAUUAAUGUUGUGACCUUCCUGCAAUGAGAUUGUCUCUCCAUAAGAGCCUCCUGAUGCCUUUGGCGAACCAUUUUUGGGAAAAGUAAUAUUUUAUUGCUGUGUGUGUACACAGAGAACAAACUGAGCAGCAGUAGUGACACAGCUGAAACCUGUAACCUUCCCCAAAUGUCUGAAAACAAUGGUGAAAGCAUUUUGGAAGGUUUGUGUAACAACCUGCUGUUUAUUGAAAUGGUCCACUGGACACAGCUACUGCCGGCCUCAGGAUGUCGAUUUCAAAUGUGUAAACUAGAAACAAGAUGUGAAAUGUGUCAGCUCCAGUGAUCUGGCUCUGCUAUGAACACAUUUUAUUGUGAAACAUUUCCUACUUUUUUUUUUCUACCAUUGUGUAUAAUGUUUUUUUUAACUAUUCAGUUUCUUUUGGUUGUGUUUAUACGAGGGGUGCACAUUACUGUCCCACAUGAAUAAACAAAUAAACAACAA